CGCUGUCGUUUUCAAGCCCUCCUUCAUCUUAACAGAAACCGCUCCCCCGCCGAAAUGCUCCCCAAACUACCAUCCCCACCUGCUCAAGAACGCACCCAAAUCUAAGCAAAUUCAAUCUUGAACAGCCAAAGCAAUUUCAUGGCAAUGAGAACAGAUUCGAGUUCGAUGCUGAAGUUUUGAGUUGAUCUUUCAGUUCUUCUUCUUCUUCUUCUUCUGCUUAAUCUGAGCUCGAAGUUUUUGUUUUAUUCAGCCAUGGAGGACGAACACCAGAAAAUGAUGGCUCUCAAGAAGGCUUAUGCUGAUAUAAUUUUGAACACGGUGAAGGAGGCAGCGGCUCGAGUAAUGGUAUCCGAGCGUAAAGCGCUUUGUCUUCAGCAGAAUCUUUGUUCUGUCAACGAUGAGGCGCUCAGGAUGCUCCUUCGCUUGAAGAACAUGAUCGAUUCUAAGAUGCAUGAAGCAGAAAUAACGUCAUUAUGCCAGAGGAAAAGAGUUGAAGAGCUUGAAGCACAACUUCACGAGGCAGAGAAUGUGAUAACAGAUCUUAGAAUACAGUUGAAAGAGGCACAAAACCAGUUGGAGAAGGAGAAGAAAGACAAAAUGCAACCUUUGGAAGGGAAGAUUUUGAAUAAAAUUACUUUCUCCAGUCGAUCUACCCUUGAGCCGGAUUCUUCCAGUCCUUCCUCAUCAGAACUGCAAACAGUGUCUUCUAAUUUAAAGAACACGAAGAUGGAACAGAUUGCCCAUGCAAUGUACAAUAGUUUGCCAAAGUCUAUCGAACACUCAUCUGUUUCUCAAGUGGACAUUGUCCAUUCUCAUGAUUCUGACUCUACCUCCACGGUAGUGAGAAUCAAGGAGCAUAGGUUAUUUAGUAAGAGAUGCACCCAGAGAAUUCGUUCACUAGAAAGGAAUUUCCCGGAUUAUAGUUUACCUCUAGGUAUUGAUGUAAAAGAUAGCCAAGUCCUUGAGGGAAAGGAAACUUUAGUAAGAAGGAGGGACAAGGAGGAAAGAGGCCUCUCUACCAGAACUGGAAAGACAGAUAUACGAAAGAAUGUACAUGGUGCUGUGUUAAAGAGAUCCGUAAAGCUCCAUACAUUAAGAAGGACGUCUCGAUUUGGAAAAUGUAAAACAGGCUCUUGCAGGUUGCAAGGUAAUCAACUCACGAAACCUCAUCAUCCAUCAUGCAUCAUUUCCCUUUGCAGGCCACAUUUGAAAGAUGGUAACGUGAGAUUUGAUAAAAGUGAAUAUCGACCAUCUCUGAUGGCUGAUAGUGGGAAUGUGACACAAAAUUCUCGUUUGCCGGAGGAGCAUAAAAUUGACAAUUACAAAGAUGCAAGUGGAAAUUCUAAUGGAGGGCAGCCAAAAGGAAACAUGAAAAGAGGGAAUUUAAAUGGUCAGUCGCCUGAUCAGCCUAUCAAUCCGUGUGAUAAGUCUUUUGUCCUGUCUCCAUGUAGGACUUCCAUUAAUCUAGUAAAUGAUAAUAGGAAGUCUAGUGAAGAUCAUUCCAACAUACCUAAGCAUCAGAGGAAGAUGAAGAAAUUAACCUGCUUGGAUCCAGGACUCACAUCAACAGGAAGUUAUGUUGAUUCUACAUCAGUGCCCCCUAGUGUUACUGCCAGUGUUAAGGUCAAUAAAUCCAGAGUCCUCGAGAAUGCAGCAAACAGUAAGAAAGAUUUGAUGGCAUUGUCAGUGAAACAGGAAAGUGAUGAAAUAAUGAAUUUGAUUUUUCCAAGUUCUAGGUUGAACUCUGAAAUGAAUCCUAAUACAAAAUGCGAGCCAAUAUGUGAAGUUACAAAUUAUUCUCCUUGCCAAGUAGACAAGAAAAUGUUUCUCAGAUGUACAAGACAGAGCAAACGCAAGAGGGAAGCCAUAGGCAUUUCUGAUGAAAAUAUUUCUCCCGGAAAGAGUAAUGCAAAAAGGAGGUUGGGUGAGAAACUAAAUUUUGAGCCCGAGUUUGAGAGGUCUAACUUGAUCAGAGAAUCAACAAGGGAGAGUCGACUGCUGUCUCAGGUUGCUCGUCAGCUCGUAUCUUUGUCUAGAAAAAGAUGGGAGUAAUAAUGGUGAUUUCUUUUCGGCCUUACAACACCAUCAGAACCUGGAUAUGAUUGGGCAUCAAGCACGUCAGCCCUCCUUGGAGUUGUUCUUCAGAAUUUACUUUUCCAAAAAAAAAAAAAAAAACCUCAGGUUGGUGUUUAGAUUUCAUUUAAUGAAAGAGAAAGAAAGAAAAAAUGAUAAAUUAUCCUGUGCAGUUUUACAUGUGUCUUCUUCUUACAUAGUUUAUUAGGUAUCUAAUAUUUAGUUUAAUUUAUAGAAAUAUAAAUCAAUAACAAAAGAUAUCAGGAGCAUUAUUAUUAGCUUCAAUGUGGUGAUGGUGUAAAAUGAAGCAAGUAGGGUCAUUUUGUGAUGAUCAAUGUAACACAUGUUUUGAUGAA